GCUUAGUUCCAUAAAAAACACACAGCAUCACACUAUAGGCAAUUUGCUAGGUAAGUUAGGUAAGACUAGAUUAGAUUUGUAGGAUUUAGAAUCUAGAUGGAUGUUCCAGUAAGCAAGAGACGUCGUUCUGUAGCUUGGGAACAUUUCCAGUUGGAAACCCCUAACAAAGUGAGAUGUAGGAUUUGUGCUAAGCAGCUGGCUUAUCGCAAUAAUACAUCCACUAUGAUCCGCCAUUUGACAAGAGUUCAUAAAAUGGAGGAUGAAGAAAAUGCUGCUGCCCCCAGUUUUGCAGGUGCCACUUCUGUUGGCACAUCUGGCCAAGAAUAUGAAAUGAUUCAUGAGGCACUGUUUCUGUUGCAGCCUUUUAAAGCAGCAACAACUGAGCUGUCAGAGGAGAAGAGAGUGUCAGCAUCAAAAGUCAUUCCUCUAUAUCGGAUGCUGCAGCACAACCUGUUUGAAAAAUUGAGGCACUCAAAGCAGCCAGCAACUCAGCAAUUGGGCACAUUCUUGAAGGAUGGACCGCAGGCAAGGUGUGGUCAAUAUGAAACUGUUCGACCACUGGCACUGGCAACAUUACUGGAUCCACGAUUCAAAAACCUGGGUUUUGGCAACCCAGCAAAAGCACAGGAAGCAGAAAAGCAGCUGAUAUUGGAGUGUGCCACUUUGAUCCAGCCUGCUGAAACAUCUGAUCCCCAAAUCGCACCUUCAUCCUCAUCCACAGCAGUCUUUGGGACAUGUUUGACCAAAAAGUGA